GAGGCUUGAUUUGGACCCGCCGCAGUUCGGCUCCUGCGAGGCUGCUUCACGGAAGCUCCAAACUUCCAGCAACACCUGUCCGACACACACAAAGAUCUGUCUCUGGGUCUCAGUGGAGAUGCCUCAGACCAACAAGUCUGUGAGCGGUGCUGGUGCUCCGGGUCAGGUAACCGUCCCAGAUGAGGAUGAAUCCCGGCCUCCGCAAGACAGGAGGAUGGCUGAUGGAGACGGAUGGGACAUUGGACAGGACCAGGGAGACCCGGAGAUCACCAGAUCACCUAGUGAUCCAAAGAAGUACAGGUACAUCGAGCUGACAAAUGGUCUGCGAGCUCUCCUCAUCUCUGACUUCAGUGGCGCUGACAGGAAGGAAGGCAGCGAGAAGGAGGAGCAGAGGGAGGAAGAGGAGGUGGAAGACUCUGGUGAGGGCUCAGAGGAGGAGGAAGAGGAGGGGGAGGAAGAUCAGGACAGUGACUUUGAUGAGCUGAACGAGGAAAAUGCAGCAAAGAAGAAGAGCUCUGAGAAGCAGGCGGCCGCCGCCCUCUGCAUCAGCGUCGGGAGCUUCAGCGACCCAGAUGAGCUUCCUGGUCUGGCCCACUUCCUGGAACACAUGGUGUUCAUGGGCAGUGAAAAAUACCCGGCGGAGAACGGCUUUGACGCCUUCCUGAAGAAACACGGAGGAAGUGACAACGCCUCCACCGACUGUGAGAGAACCAUCUUCCAGUUUGACGUCCAGAGAAAGUACUUCAGAGAGGCCCUGGACAGGUGGGCUCAGUUCUUUAUCUGUCCGCUGAUGAUCGAGGACGCCGUUGACAGGGAGGUGGAGGCUGUGGACAGCGAGUACCAGCUAGCUCGACCGUUGGACUCCCACCGGAAGGAGAUGCUGUUUGGGAGUCUGGCCAAACCGGGUCACCCCAUGAGUAAAUUCUGCUGGGGUAACGCUCAGACGUUAAAGCAUGAACCCAAACAGAACCAGAUCAACACCUACCAGAGUCUACGAGCCUUCUGGAAGAGGUUCUACUCGGCUCAUUACAUGACGCUUGCCGUACAGUCCAGAGAGACUCUGGACACUCUGGAGCAGUGGGUGAAGGAGAUCUUCAUCAAGAUCCCCAACAAUGGUGAACUUCGGCCUGACUUCUCUCACCUGCAGCAGCCGUUUGACACACCGGCUUUCAACAAGCUGUACCGAGUGGUUCCUGUGAGGAAGGUUCAUGCUCUCACCAUCAGCUGGGCCGUCCCACCACAAGGAAAACACUACAGAGUGAAACCUCUUCAUUACAUCUCCUGGCUGAUUGGACACGAGGGAGCCGGCAGCAUCCUGUCUCUGCUCAGGAAGAAGUGCUGGGCUCUGGCUCUGUUUGGAGGAAACAGUGAGACGGGCUUUGACCAGAACUCCACAUACUCCAUCUUCUCCGUCUCCAUCACCCUCACCGACCAGGGCUACCAGAACUUCUACCAGGUGGUCCACAUUGUGUUCCAGUACCUGAAGAUGCUGCAGACUCUGGGACCCCAGCAGAGGAUCUAUGAGGAAAUUCAGAAGAUCGAAGCCAACGAGUUUCACUACCAGGAGCAGACUGACCCCAUCGAGUUCGUGGAGAACAUCUGUGAGAACAUGCAGCUGUUCCCUAAACAGGACCUCCUGACCGGAGACCAGCUCAUGUUCGAGUACGACCACAAGGUGAUUGGAGCGGUGCUGUCCCUGCUGACUCCUGAUAGGUCCAACCUGCUGUUGCUGUCUCCGGAGAACGAAGGCCGCUGUCCUCUCAGAGAGAAGUGGUUCGGUACCAGCUACAGCUUUGAGGAUCUUCCAGAGGAGUGGACCCAGCUCUGGGCCGGAGAUUUCCAGCUCAACCCCGACCUCCACCUUCCUGCAGAGAACAAAUUCAUCGCGACAGAUUUCAACCUGAAGACGUCAGACUGUCCCGACUCAGAGUUUCCGGUCAGGAUCGUGGACAGUGUGCGAGGCGGUCUGUGGUACAAGAAGGACAACAAGUUCAAGAUCCCUAAAGCAUACAUCCGCUUCCACCUGAUCUCCCCAACCAUCCAGAAAAGCCCAGAGAAUCUGGUUCUGUUCGACCUCUUCGUCAACAUCCUGGCCCACAACCUGGCAGAACCGGCUUACGAGGCAGACGUGGCUCAGCUGGAGUACAAGCUGGUGGCCGGGGAGCAUGGACUGAUGAUCCGACUGAAGGGCUUCAACCACAAGCUGCCGCUGCUGCUAAAGCUGAUAGUGGACCACCUGGCCGACUUCAGGACCGAGCCGGGGGUUUUCAACAUGUUCUCGGAGCAGCUGAGGAAAACCUACUUCAACAUCCUCAUCAAGCCCGACAGGCUCGGCAAAGAUGUCCGUCUGCUGAUCCUGGAGCCCCAUCGGUGGUCUGUCAUCCAGAAGUAUCGGGUCCUGACAGACGGGCUGACCGUCCACGACCUCAUGGUGUUCGUCACAGCGCUGAAGGCGGAGCUUUACGCUGAGGGGCUGGUGCAGGGAAACUUCACCAGCACGGAGUCCAGAGAGUUCCUGCAGUUCUUCACAGAAAGGCUGCAGUUCCAGCGUCUUUCUGCAGAGGUCCCUGUUUCCUUCCAGGUGGUGGAGCUGCCUCCCAAACAUCAUCUCUGCAGGGUUAGGUCUCUCAACAAAGGAGACGCUAACUCCGAGGUCACCGUGUACUUCCAGUCGGGGCUGAAGAGGCUCAGGGAGCACACACUGAUGGAGCUGAUGGUGAUGCACAUGGAGGAGCCCUGCUUCGACUUCCUGAGGACCAAGGAGACGUUGGGGUACCAGGUGUACCCAACCUGCAGGAACACUUCGGGGGUUCUAGGAUUCUCCGUCACUGUGGAAACGCAGGCCACCAAGUUCAGCUCGGAGCUGGUGGAGGCGAAGAUCGAGGAGUUCUUGCUGAGUUUUGGCGAGCGUCUGUUGGCCCUGAGCGAGGACGCCUUUAGGACUCAGGUGACGGCUCUGAUCAAGCUGAAGGAGUGCGAGGAUGCUCAUCUGGGAGAGGAAGUGGACCGGAACUGGUCUGAGGUGGUGACACAGCAGUACAUCUUCGACCGGCUCGGCAAAGAGAUUGAGGUUCUGAAGGUCUUCACCAAGGAGGACCUGGUCUCCUGGUUCCUGGAGCACCGAGGAGGCAGCAGCAGAAAGCUCAGCGUGCACGUGGUGGGUUUCGGCGUGGAGGAGAACGACCCUCCUGACCAGAGCUCUGACUCCGCCCCCUCCUCCGCUUAUGGUGAAGUGAGUCAGCUGACCUUUCUGCCGGCCUUGUUGAAACCGCUGCAGGACGCUACCCUCAUCAAUGACAUCAGAGCAUUCACCUCCUCGCUCCCUCUCCACCCAUACCACAAAAUACUCAGCUAGGCCCCGCCCACUGCAGAACUGGCUCUCAGUGGCAGUAACCAUAACAACAUGGAGGGUUGAGGAUUGUCUGUCUCUGCUUGUGUUAUUUUCUUUCUGUGAUUGUAAUCAUGCUACGUUUACUUCCCGUGGGAAAUCAUUGUCUGUGUUAUCCUGAGCUUCUGAUUGGUCGAGCAGCUCAGAUAUCAGGUCAGUUUGUGACAGCGAGCCAAUCAGCUGAGAGAACAGAGGCAGAAAACAGUCAUUAUGUCCUUGUAGCUUUAAAUUUUGAAAUAUGAUAAUUCCCAGGGGAAGUGAAUGCAGCACGCUGACUCAGGGCUCUGGUUUAAAAUAAAGAAUGCUGAUUUUCUCU